CUCUGGGAGGGGGCAGUACUUAAUGCCGCGUAUAAAAACAUCUUUACCCGAAGCGUCUUGGUGAAGGAAGUUACAACACCGAGCGACAGGCGAACCGCGGGCGCACUUCAAGUCUCUGUCGGUAUUCCAGGGAUCGCCGGAGGUCUAUGCAAAACCACUGUGCUGUACACGGUCAGCGCUAAAGAGAUCACUUUCCGUUCGGCCGCCGGACUUCCUCCUGAGCGCCCUCUUGUGGACUGAAGGCGUACUGGUGACCCCCGCCGUGUUCACUCAGCACAGGAUAUAAAAUCACACAGCAUCCAGCUCAGCCCCAGCCCUGAGCCCCAGGAGCGAGAGAAGCCGUGAGUCCAGAAGAGAAGGAGCAGCAGGUUCACUGAGGAAGCAGACAUGAGCUCUUCGCUGGCACAGCUGGGCGCCUCCUACAGGCGGCAGGGCUUUGUGUCAGGGGUGCCAGUGCUGAACCAGGAGGAGCUGGAGACCACCAGAGAGGCUUUCAGCAGGCUGGAGAGGGAGUUUGGGAAAGAGUAUGCUCAGUACAGCCUGCACAAUGUCCACCUGCAGUAUGGAUGGGUUAUGGACCUGGCCACGCACCCCAAGGUACUGGAGCUGGUCAAGGCCAUUCUGGGACCCGAUGUCAUCCUGCUCGACUCCCGCUUCAUCUGCAAGUACCCUGUGGCCCCACACAGCAGUCCUGGAGGAGGGGAGGAGAGUGACCGUUCUGACAGCAAACCAGAGCAACUCAGCAGCACCCCCGGUGUAGACUGUGGGAAACUCAAUACUUCCCCCUCUGAGCAGCAGGGCACCAGUGACCUCCCUUUUGUGGCCUGGCACCAGGACAUUAGGUACUGGGGCGUGGCUGGGGGUCCAGUGCUGUCGGUGUGGCUGGCUCUGGAUGACUCUUUUAGGGAGAACGGAGCCCUGCAGGUCAUCCCAGGCAGCCACACCCUGGGGAUUCUGCCUCACCAGUCUUCGGCACGCUCUGGGAACAUGCUGUCUACCAACCAGGAGAUACCAGAACAUCUUCUUCUGACUGACAGCGCUCAGCUCUGUCCCUUGCAGGCUGGGCAGAUGUCUGUGCAUGAUGGGCUGCUGGUGCAUGGCAGUGAGCCCAACACAUCCAGCAGGAGGCGCUGUGGAUUUGUCAUCCGCUUUGUCCCCACGUCCGCCUUUCCUGUGCAGGAUCCUGAUCGCCCGCGCCACUUCCCCGCCACUGUCCUGGUGUCUGGAAGAGACCAGUUCAAACACUUCCCAAGCAGCACGCCAACAGCUGCACUGUGCUGAGCUGAGAUGAAGAACAGGCUUUUGCACGGGCCUUUGUGGCUUGUAUGAUGUUUGCAUAAUGAGAGCCACACCACUGUCCAAAUGAUUAUUGUUUCCUGCAUGAAAAUAAACUGUGUUGGUAUUGUCUUCCA